UAGUACAAAUGAAUCUUUUGAAAAGAACAGACGGUCUAGAUUCGUAUUUUCUAAAAAAAAAAACAUUAAACUAUUAUGUACACUUUUAAUUUUAUCAUAAUUUUUCUAAUAAAAAUUUGCAUUGUGGCCAGUGAUCUAAAUAUAAACAAAUCUUUUUCAUUUUCUACAAAUAUUACACCGGAAAUUGCCAAAGAAUUUAAGGAUUUUGAAACUUUAAUACCCACCGCCACCAUAGAUGCAAUUGUAGCCGAACACUAUUUGGUGGAUGGAAAUUUUCGCACAGCAAUUAAAUAUUUGCGUAGUCAAGAAUUUACAAAGCUACAGCAGCAACUAUUUGAUAUACCAGAAAUCAUAGACAUUUUGAAAUUUCUACAUCUAACGACUGAAAAUGCCACAACGAGGCAUAUGGGUGCAACUAAAAUGACGACAACAACAACAGCAGCAGAAAGAGUCAAAGCAUCAUUGAAUGAUUAUAAUGAUGCUGCCCAUGUUGCUAAAGUUGAUAAUAGAGUCGACAAAAUGACCACUAAUACUGGCACCAUCAUCAACUGCAAACGCAAUACUAUGGCUAUUGAAAAUGCAGUAGAAUCAUCAUCAUUGAACAAAAACAUAAAAGUUAGUAAACGACCACAACAGCUCCAAAUGGAAGAACAGAACAACAGAAAUGUUGCCAUUGAUGAUGAUAUUGAUGUUGUUGCAAGAAUAUCUAACGAGAGACAGCCAUUAGUGAGUAUUGUAUUAUUGGAGGAUUUAAAGGUUAAGGGGAUGGCUCUCAAUGAGGGUCAUCACAAACAGCAUCAUUAUCAUAAUCAUCAACAUAAAUAUCAGCGUCAUCAAAGCAAUAAUAAUUAUCAUCAUCAUCGUUCACUGGGGACAUUUACAACAUUUGUCGAAGAAGUUUUACAACAUCUACCACAUUCUGCUUAUCAAAAUAUGAUUAAGAAUAAAUGCAUGAAAAAUGCAAAAUUCGCUGAAUUUUAUCGGGCUUUAAGAAGUCUAGAAUUAAAGCCACUAAUUGAUCAGUCUAUGUCCACCGAAAAUAUUAAGAAAAUCAUACAAACCCUUGAUACUCAUAAAAUAGAUGUUAAAGCUUUGGAACCAAUAGCCUUUAAAGUCAUCUCCUGGGGUCCCAACGUAUAAGUAAAGAAAUGCUCUUAUAAGUAAUUUAGUAAUUUUUUUAUAACUUAAAUAUUUACAUUAAAGUUUUAAUAAGCAAUUGUGGUUUAAAUAAACGCUUACAUUAUUUGUCUGUAAAGUUUUCA